UAAAGAACAAAGACUACCUAUGUUGUGAUUUGAGGAGCAAAAAUGUGUCAGCCCCUCCCAGGGCUUGUUAAUUGCCCUGAAAUUCUUAUUGUGAAGGCAUUGGUCGAACUUUUUGUGAUCUGACAAUGUGUCAGCCAACAAAAAAUUAGCUCAUUAAACACUUAUAUAAGGAUUGUUGUAGACACUAUAUUAGGCACUGGAAUUAAUCCAUCCUAAUUUGCUCGUAGUCUGUUGAUGGAAUGGGGGGGGAAGCUAAAUUUGAAACCAUGCCUAUCUAAAUCAGAGUAAAAAGGUUCUUCUGGAAGUUCUGAUAGCAGCCUUUAGGAAUUUUCAAGUGCUUGGACUUUGUGGUGCAUUUUUUGGAUGCAAAGAGACUUUUUUUUAAUAGAUGAGGAAACUGAAGUUAGAUGAAGGCAAAUGAUCUUUUCAGAAUUGCAGUUAGUGAAUAGUAAAGUCUUGACUUGAAUUUUUAUCUUUGAAAUUUCAAACCCAGGGCUGAUUCUGUUUUAUGAUGCUGCCUCUCAGCAAUAAGUGUGGCUUGGUGGGUAUUUGCUGGCUUUCUUUCUGUUCCUCUGUUAUGAUACUUCAUUUCCUGUCUCCAUGUAUUUGCACUGGUCGUUCCCCACACUUACAAUCUAUUCUCUUCUCACCUCCACUUCAAAGAAUUUCCUCAUGUCCUGAACAGAACUAAGAAAACAAUUGAUACCACAACAAUACUGUAAAGACAACAGUUCUGAACAGUUAAGCAGCUCUGAUGAAGGCAGUGACCAACCAGAAUUCCAAAGGACUACCCACCUCCAGAUGGAGAGAUGAUGGACUUAGAGUACAACAAUCCUUAUAUAAUGAGUCUUCUCACUUAGCCACCAUGGACACUGCUAGCCAUAGCCUUGUCCUCCUGCAGCAGCUGAAUAUGCAGAGGGAAUUUGGUUUUCUCUGUGAUUGCACAGUUGCCAUUGGAGAUGUUUACUUCAAAGCUCAUCGAGCCGUGCUUGCCGCUUUUUCUAACUAUUUCAAAAUGAUAUUUAUUCACCAGACUAGUCUACUACCUCUCUACCAAGAGGAGGAAAGUGUGUAUCACCCAUACCUAUUCUGCAGUGAAUGCAUAAAAAUACAACCAACUGACAUCCAACCUGAUAUAUUCAGCUAUUUGUUGCACAUUAUGUACACUGGGAAAGGGCCAAAGCAAACUGUGGAUCAUGGCCGUUUGGAAGAAGGGAUUCGAUUUCUUCAUGCAGAUUACCUUUCUCACAUUGCUACAGAAAUGAACCAAGUAUUUUCUCCAGAGACUGUGCAGUCUUCAAAUUUGUAUGGGAUUCAGAUCUCAACCACACAAAAAACCACAGCCAAGGAAGGGCUGGAGAUGAAAGAAAACCCUUCCAACAGCAAUGGAAACAGAAGCGUUGCCCAAGGGGACCACCCACAGUUACAACUCUCUCUUGCUAUUGGUCUAGAUGAUGGCACUCCAGACCAGCAGAUAUCGCAUGCUUCUUCCCAGUCAAUGGAGGAGCUCCAGAAGCCACCAGUGUCAAUCAAGCAAGAACGGUGCGACCCUGAGUCUGUUGUCUCUCAGAGCCACCCCUCACCUUCUUCAGAGAUAACAGGCCCGACUUUCACUGAAAGUGGCAUCAAAAUUCACUUGUGCCAUUACUGUGGGGAACGCUUUGAUUCCCGUAGUAACUUACGAGAGCACCUCCACACUCACGUGUCUGGGUCUCUUCCUUUUGGUGUCCCAGCCUCCAUCUUGGAGAGCAAUGACCUCGGGGAGGUGCAUCCAAUCGGUGAAAGCAGCGAGGCUCUCAGCGAGUGCCAUCGGCUCAACACCUUCCUUGUCAAAGAAAAUGAGCAGCAGCCUGACCACCCAAGCCGGGGCACCAUCGAACCACUACAGAUCAGUCAGCUGUCCCUGAUCUCCAAAGACACAGAACCUGUGGAGUUAAACUGCAACUUUUCUUUCUCAAGGAAAAGAAAAAUCCACUGUACUAUCUGUGGUCAUAAGUUUCUCCGGAAAAGCCAGUUGCUGGAACACAUGAAGUGGAAAAGCACUACUAACUCCAUUUUACAGAAAAAACCCCAAAACCUGAAUCCCAGAGGUCAAGUGGUGGUGGUGUGGGGACUGAACCCAACCUUCAUUUGUUCAUUUAUUCAUACAUACAUACAUACAUAUUCGCAUUCAUUCAUUUGUUUAGCACACUUUUGUUAAAGCACCUUCUGUGUGCUUCACACAAUGUUCUAAGUCUGGUGUUAUUAUAAUAGACACAAAGACUGGCAAAGAAAGAUGUUUAAAAAAAUCAGUGAAAUAAUUUGGGACUUCAUUUUGUCUUCUUCCACAUAGGGGUGCAAUAUCAACCCACUUCAUAGGGAUGCAGUGUGAAUCUGUUCAGUAAUGAAUUUGGAGUUCUUCAAAAUACAUAGUGCUGUAUAAGCUGGGUUUUUUGGCCUAUAAUUCAUUGGUGUAAGAAACUCCACUGAAUUCAGAUCAGUAAUUUGUCUAUGACUUACUUAGAGCCUUUGAGGGUUGUCUGUGGUCACAGACAAUAAAGUCCGAGCUUGAACCUGGAUCUGCCUAACUCCGAGGCUUUCUGACUGUCCAUUCUGCCACUCUUGUUUAAUAAGCAUUAUCACAUUAUUUAACAAAUACAAUACACAGAUGUCCCUUAUGAAUCAUCUUUAGAAAUCUCCCCUGUCACUUUCCAGACCUUAAAUAUAGUGGGUUCCUUGUCUUGCAUUUACCAUCUGCUAGCUCAAAUGUGACAGCUGUGGACCCAAGCAGAUUCCAGAAAAUGCUGUACUUUUUAAAGAUGUUGGUUAUGAUGUAACAGUAUUUUAAAAAAAAAUCAGGUAGACAGUGUCUGAUUGUUGUUAUGGAUUUUGUCAGUGUCCAGAGAAAGUUAAUUUCGUCUGCCUUACAAGGAGACUGAGAACUUUCUGAUUUAUAAUUGUCCAGAUUGUUAUUUCUUGCUUUGAUCUUCUGUUUUCCUGUCCUUAAAAAGUAUCAGAGAAAUGCCUACUUCACAGGUGUUGUGAGAAUUAAUGUGUGAAACUGUCAGAGUGCUCAGUAUUGCUAAUCCCACAUGCAAGGAGACUUUUGCUGUUGCUUUCCUCUAUUCUUUAGCUAAACAUGGAGCUUCAGUAUUUCAGGCCUUUAGAAACAUGGAAAUUCUCUAGCCUGUGAAAACCUUCAUCUUAGGAGGCAUCAGGUGAUGAGUUAAUGCCUAAUAUCUGAGACUUAGGAUAUGAUAUUAUAUGAAUGUGAACUUUAAACAUAUGCUCUAGCAUUACUAAAAACCAGCUAAUUUCAGCUUUGUACCCUACGAAAACACAUUGAACAAUGAGGGGAAAGCCCUUUGUUUCUAGAUAAUACAAACAGAAAAGGAAAAAGAGGAUAAUGAAACAUAUCAGUUCAUGUCCUUUUUCAUCCAUGCUAUUGGACGCAAGACCUCAAGGUUAAAGGAAAUAAAUAAUAGUCUUGGGAUGGGACAGUUUCAUUUUUAAAAAGCCUUUUUGCUUAGGCAAGUUUUUAAUCUUGAAAGUGAAGACUGAGUGUCAUUUUUGGUAGUAAAUUAGAUUAAAAUACUGUGUGAAGAGUACAAAAAAACCCCACCUAGUUUAGACUUUGCGUCUUUGUAUGUUUUAAACUGUAAAUGUAGCUGUAUAGUAUUUUCUUAUGACCAUUGACUUUAAAAUUCUUCAUGCCAGAAUCCGUGAUUACUCUGUGAUAUAUUGGACUUUCAGGGGAAAUUGUGGUGAGAUUAUCUACCUUUUCCCCCAGCCCACCUCUCCCAAGAUGGAAUCUUUUAAGUACCAGAAAAGCCAAGCCCGUGAGUUUUCCAGGCUUGGAGGAGCCAAUCCAUUGUGCUUUAACUCGGUAUGUGUCUAUGACACACCUUGCACACCUAGGCUGAUGCUCAUCCUGCUACAUUUUUUCCCUGUUACUGACUUGUCUCUGUUGUGUGCCUACUGUUUUGUCAGGUAGAUAAAAUAUCAACUGGAAGCAUUUUAAAAAAUACUUGGAUUGCAAAACUUGCAUAGUUUAAAAAAAAUAAAGCCCCCAUAAGAGAGCUUUCAAGGGACAGGUAAUGCACAGAAAAUAGAGCAGACCAAUACCAAUAAUAAAUACACUGUAUUAUUGCAUGACAAAGUUAUGCAGCUCAAUUUAUAAUGAAUUUAAAAUGUUUAGAAUACCUGUUCCUUUAAAAAAUAAAACUGUCAUCUUUUAAUUGGAAUAAAGCAAUUGCAUUUUCAUGUAUUUUAUCAAGAAAAAAUAAAUUUGACAAUUUAAAAGA